AUGCCCCUCCACGGCCUCCACCACCGCUCAAAUUCUAACACAAACUCUCCUGAGGCUCCCCCCGCUUCCUCUUCCCUAAUACAAGCCGCCCAAGCCCUUGCUGGGAUCGGCGCUCCCAAGCCCGCCGGCAAUUUCCAACAGCCCCAGCAGCAGCAACAUAGCCAACAACAACAGCAGCACCAAUCCUCUCGUGGAGGAGACACCUCACUCCGUGUACAGACUUCUUCAAGCAAUCUCAACGUCAAUACCUCCUCGAGCGGUGGUAUUACACCUAUCCACUCGGGUAGCACAGUCUCCGCCGGUGGUUUCUCUGCCCCGUCAUCAGCUGGUGGUGUCGGCUUCGGCAACAGUGCUCCCCUUCCGCAGAGCAGCAUAGACAAGCUUCCUGCGCCAUUGCAAAUCCAGCAGCAACCGACAAAGAAGAACUUGUCAUUUAAUUUUCCAUCCCCCACGAAGUUGCCGAACCAGGGAGAUCUUUACUCUAGCCCUGUAGGCGACUACUCAGGUCAUAGACCGUCAGAUCCUAUACAGGCCCAACAACUCUCAUCGGGUGGACAGCAGCCUCAGUAUCAGGCAUAUCACGCUGCUCAGUCGUCUUCAGCUACAGGUGGCAGACCGCAAAUCCAAAGCAUCACUACAGCACCGGGAGCAAUCCCGCAGAUAGCUACAAGCAGCGGGGGCGGCAUCCCAGCACAACAGGGACAGCCGUCUAUGCAUAGGACCAACACAACGGGUGGACUAUCGCAUUCAUCAUCAAAUAAAUACUCCCCGAAUAUCAACACAAACUUACCACGAGACGCGGAUUCCAGUCCUUCUGCAUCUGGAUCAAGAAAGUAUACACAUCCGGGAGCAUUGACGCCUACAUACACAAAUUCAUCCCAGCACAGUCAUUCAGGUUCCACAAGUACUGGAAUGGGAUUGCCCGGAAUGACUACAGGUAGCAGUGCCAGUACCAGGGAGAGAGAAGAUGUGGUCGGCGGUAUUGGGGCGGUUGGCAAUGGACGAUGGAUGAGCCCGUACGCACUGUAUGCGUUGGAUUGGUGCAAAUGGCCUGUUAGUAAUGGAGGGUAUGGAAGGGUUGCCAUGUGCAGUUAUGCAGAAGAUAGCCAUAAUUACAUCCAAAUCCUUGAUACCAGGCCCACUCCUGUAAAUGUCAGCCACGGCGACACGCCUCCUCCUGCCCCUUCUCUAGAAUUCACCAAACUCGCUGAAGCGUCCCAUACAUACCCAAUCACCCGAAUCCUUUGGGAACCUGCGAGCACCACUAAACCUCUUACUGACUUGAUUGCUACCUCCGGUGACCAUCUCCGUCUUUGGUCCAUGCCAAAUUCCCCAUCAGGCACAUCUUCCUCCUCGGCCACGCCUGCAGGUAACUCCAUUACUCGUACCAACACUCUCCGCGACCCACCCACGCAGAAACUUACGCCUCUCGCGUUAUUGUCUAACAGUAAAAGCACUGACUUUACUGCUCCUCUGACAAGUUUGGAUUGGAACCCGAUCAGUCCUAGCUUGAUAAUCACCAGUUCUAUUGAUACCACUUGCACUAUCUGGGAUAUCCCGACACUAACGGCGAAGACUCAACUCAUUGCCCACGAUAAAGAGGUUUACGAUGUGCGGUUUAUGAGUGGAUCCUUAGACGUGUUUGCCAGUUGCGGGGCCGACGGGAGUGUCCGCAUGUUCGACCUUCGAAGUCUAGAACAUAGUACCAUCAUCUAUGAGCCCGGUGUCGGUAAAGGUGCUAGCGGUGAUUCUUCAAAAGAAGAUGGUGGAUCGCCUGUCGGCGGCGGCGGAUCCCCACCGCCAUUGCUAAGACUAGCUGCUUCACCACACGACACUCACCUAAUUGCAACAUUUUCGCAAGACUCCAACAUAGUCCGCAUUCUCGAUGUCCGCCAACCAGGUCAAGCCCUGAUAGAGCUGAAGGGCCACCAUAACAGCGUUAACUGUGUUGAAUGGAAUCCAACACGUCGUGGUAUCAUUGCUGCUGGAGCAGAUGAUUGUCAAGUUCUUAUUUGGGACCUAAUCAAUAAUCCAACUGGGCCAGCUAAUACUACUCCCGGUGGUACUAGUGGUGCUGGUGGAUUGGGACAGCCGAACCAAGAGAGGAUACCAGUCGCGAGUUGGAGAUGCGACUACGAGGUUAACAACAUCUCUUGGAGCCCAAGUGGAGCGAGUGGUGGUGGGGAAUGGUUGGGUGUGCUCGGUGGGAGGGGGAUUUGGGGAGUUAAGGUAUAA